AUGGGCUACUGCGACUCGGGCAAUCUUACAAACGAUUCCUCAAUCCUCCAAAGCAAUCGACGCAGGCUCAUCGAGACCUUCGGCUACGAUUACAACUUCUACGAUGGCACCAACAUGCCGUGCCCCGUGGUGACCAACGUCGAAGAGCUCCACGCCAGCGGGGGGCUGCCGUCUGCGGUGAUGCAAAGCUGGCUGAACAACUCGACAGCGGCCGAUGUGCUCGGCAGCGACUACACGGCCGUCGGGGUGGGUGUCUACUCGGGUUCGCCCACGAAGUACGUUGCCAUCUUCGUCACGGUGGAGGACUACACCGAGAUCGACACAUCCUUGUGUCCAGCAUCGAAAGAUGACGAAUUCUCGAAUUUGUAG